UCAUUAAAAAUAAUAAUGAGCAUUGUUUUUGUGACUUACACUAUUUUAUUGUAAUUCAAACUAUUUAAGACCGUGUACUACAUACUGACCCUUUUUCAACCCAGUGUCAGCUAAACUUUGUAUUUUCAUAGCAUUGAACCAAUAUUAAUCACAACAUAUGAGUUUGUCUAUGCUCAAACCAAUGUGGCGGACAGUCAGCUAGCGUCAAGUGAAGAUCGUCAAGUUAUGGCGUUUUGUGAAAGACAUUGAUAUAGUAAAUAACAACUUUUAUAAGUGUAGUUAAAGUCAGUGUACCUAUAAUAACUUAAAAUUAAUUAUGAGUAGAUAUUACGAUUAUGGUAACGCUAUAUCAUGUUGACGCAAUUUAACUCGGUCGUCAACAAUGGUUAAAACAAGGUCUUCAGCGAGAGUAGUCACCACAGCCCAGGGUUCGUCAGCUACGAAUGGAAACUCAUCUGAUCUUAGAACGAAAAAUAAAGGAUAUCCUAGGAACAGCCAAGGAAUACAAUCUGGUGCAACAGGCACAAGUUCCCAAGGCAAAGAUCCACUAGCACCAGGUAUGCAGGGCUCCCGCAACAUGUAUGGCCAGCACCCAGUGGUCAGUGGCUACAGUAUAGUCAAUAAUCCACAGGAUUCUAGGGCACAGAACCUACCUGUAACGGGUCGCCAGAACCCGAUGUACACGGGUAACAUGUACCACGGGUAUGGCGGGACGGGGGCAGCCACAUUGGCCCCCAUGCCUUCACCUUCGCCAACCUCAGUCAUGCCGCCGCCUUUCCCUGUACACCCUGAUGUUAAGUUUAAAAAGUUACCAUUCUAUGAUGUGUUAGCGGAACUAAUGAAGCCAUCCACAAUGAUGCCGAUACAACCAGGCCGAAUGCAAGAAGGCAGUUUCAUAUUCCACCUCACACCGCAACAAGCAACAGAUAUCGCCACAGGAAAGGAUUUAGUUGGAACAAGCAAUAAACUUGAUUAUGUCAUACAAGCACAAUUAAGGUUUUGCCUGCUAGAGACAUCGUGCGAACAAGAAGACUACUUUCCACCUAGUGUUAAUGUUAAAGUAAACAAUAAAAUGUGUCCACUGCCAAAUCCAAUACCAACAAACAAACCAACUCCGGAGCCAAAGAGACCUCCCCGGCCAGUCAAUAUCUCAUCCCUAGUAAAACUGUCUCCGACCGUGGUCAACACCAUCCAGGUGACAUGGGCGGCAGACUUCACAAGAGCAUAUGUCUUGAGUGUUUUCAUGGUGAAAAAGCUGACCUCUGCCGAGUUACUCAUGAGGCUGAAGAAUAAAGGGACCAAGAAUGCUGAUUAUACUAGAUCGCUAAUUAAAGAAAAGCUCGCGGAAGACUACGACAACGAAAUAGCGACGACGUCACUCCGCGUGUCCCUGAUGUGUCCGUUGGGCAAGAUGCGGAUGUCUUGUCCGUGCCGACCUGCCAACUGUCCGCACUUGCAGUGCUUCGACGCGUCUUUGUUCCUGCAAAUGAAUGAGAGGAAACCCACUUGGCUCUGCCCGGUCUGCGAUAGGCCGGCGCCCUAUGAUUCGCUGGUUGUUGACGGGUACUUCCAAGAGGUUCUGACCUCUCCCCGCUUAGCGACUGACUGCAAUGAGAUCCAACUCCUGGCAGACGGGAGCUGGUCGGCGCAUUCCCCUCCUCCACGAGUGCAACAGGUGGCCCCCGUCGCGGAGCCUGUCACUCUCAUACCGGACGAGUUAGAAGUGAUACCAAUAGAAGGCAACAAUGCAGCAAAGAAAGCAGCGGUAGGGGAAAAUCGAACUCCAAAGCCCACUGAAGUCCUGGUAGAUCUCACCUCCGACUCUGAAGAUGAACUGCCUUUGAAAAGAAAGACUCCAGUACCAAAGUCCACUCCUCCUAUAGCUGAUCAGACUCCGAAAGAAGAAAACUAUAAUACUAAUAAUGGUCCCGAUGCGGUAUCUUCAAGCGGGUACCGAUCCCCGAGUAACAGUGGGGGCGUCAUCUCGCUAGAUAGCCCUUCGCCCCCCGCAGCGGGGUCUCCGCAGCCUCGCACCACCGAUACUAGGAGCGUCUCACCAGAACAUUGCACGAGUAACAGUGAACGCGCGCAGAUUGAAUCAUCGCCGUCCCAUUGGGCGCCUUACGCAGACUCCGAACAAAAUGACAAUUAUAGAAGAUACUGACUCAGAGAGAAGAGUGGCCAGUUAUUUUCCGGUCAUUCUUCUGAGGACGAAACUUACGCUGAGGUGUCACUUAUACAGUCCUAGUACACUGAAAGAUGAAAGAUACACGAAUUAAAUGUAAAAAUAUUCCAAACUGCUAUUUUGCAUUAAAAAUCCUAUUUUGACUGAUGCUAAUUUUAAGUGGCUAAUAAAUCUCCGUACUUAUCAACGGUAAUCUCAUUAAAUUCAGUUGUGUUACUUAAGACACAUAUUAACUUUGAUAAAAUGAUUUAAUUUAAAAAUUAUUAGGAAACACGGCAACAAUUGUUGAUUAAAUACUUAAUAAAAUCCUCUAAAUCGGCAAUAUAUAUAUUACCAACCGGUGAUUAAUCAAAACCACUGCGUGCAUCAUUCGCUCCUAGUCCUUAUUUUAGGCCAAAUCAUAACUUCAUCCAAUAAAAUACCUUAUUUGUACUAGGAUUAAAAGUAAAAAUAUAUUUUAUAUGUAGGUAACUUAUUGUACACGAAUGUCAAAAAAAAAUUAAAUGCCUAAAUUUACAUUUACUGCCUAUUUUAUUUGUUCUAAGCAUCAUUGCAAUUACAUUUAUUAGAGAUGUAAGGUCAUCAUUAAUUUCACUAUAGUCGACGCGAACUGAGGCUUCGGGUCAUAAAUAAUAUAUGUCUGUCUCGCUCGGUCUUAUGGAGGUAUAUACAGGUCUUAUGAAGAGGUGAAAAGAUGUGCGUAAGAAUUGUAGAGGUACGAUAUGCUAAAUUAUGUUAAGUAUUAAUAGGAAUAAUUUUUCGCUAUUUGAAAAUAUUCUUUUUAAUUUGUAAGAUAAAAUGUUUGUUUUGACGUGAUAGAGAAACUGUAUAGAUCGUAAUGUGGCCCGUUUUUAUCUUUUCUAGGGAUAUUUCUUAGUUCAUCAAAAAUCUUCAUUCGUAUAUUCCCCACCUGUGUCUUCCUGUAGGUUAAUUAUCAGAGGUGGUGGUGGUCUUAAAAUACUUAGAAGCAUCGACAUCAUCUUAGUAUCGAUAACGGGUUGCGUGCACAUUCCUACUGUCUGUGACAUUUAUCGCCCGACUGACUCAGUUUAAAAUGCGUUGACUAGUUAUUUUUUUAAGUUUCAACAGUAAUCUUUAGUCUCUUUCUGUCAAAUUGUGUUUACGCUGUGAUGAAAAGUGACAGAUACAUUAGGUAAAACGGUGCAUUAAGAUAGAUUGUGUGAAAAAAGGGCAUUGUAUUGCACAUGCAAUGCAGAUUGAGUUAUUCUUUGUAAAAAUUUGUUUAAUGAAUCAAUAAACUCAAAGCAAUAAUUUUAUGCUCCAAAAUUGCCUUAUUACGUCGACAUCUUGACUUCAGCUGGUUUGAUAAUUCUAAAUUGGUUCAAUAUGUUGGGAACUUUUUUUAUAAAUAAAAGAUUGCGUUAAGUUCAGAGUUAAUUAUUAUUUUGUAAUAUAAAUUCAAUAGCAGAGUUGUACUAAACUCGGAUUCGGGAAAUCGUGUUUUAGUUUGUUUUUAAAAAAAUCUGAACAACUUUCUCUUUGAUAUUUAUUGAUUCAUUAAUAUGAAAAGUAUUUAAUCAAAUUUAUCAAGCAUAAAACAUUUAAUUUUUACAUACAAUUUAGGAUAACAAACUUAAAAUAUGGUCUAAAUAUUAAAUAAUUCAUCAGUAACAUUAAUUGCGAUAUUUUCCGCAAGAUGGCAUUACGUGCUAAUCGAAUUUUUUUUUUUUUUUUCAAUUAAAGGUUUAUUAAUCUUUGUUUACAGGCAAAUCCUGUUAUUGCAUGAUUUUAUCAAUUAUAUCUAUGAACAUUUUUUUAAUUGGAUUUUCAUUAACUUUAAAGCCAAAAUUGGAUUUUUUUUAAUAAAAAAAUCCAAUUGAAUUAAGAGAACGGUCGCGUCGUGAGGCCGCUGACGAAAAAUAUAACCUUUAUUGUUAUAUUUUUCGUCUUUAUAGUUCGACAGUAAAAAAUAAGUUUAUAAUUUUUAUGAAUAAGCGCCGAUUCUCAUUACGUUAUAUAUACGUUAACUUAAUCUCUUACAACAUAUUGUUUGGUGUUUAAAAAAUUAAAAUCAUUUAAACUGAAAACAAAACACAAAAUCAACAUAAAUGAAUGAAAAGAUAUUUUUAAUAUCGUGAAAUAAAGUACUUGUGAAUAUUUUACAGCUAUAAUUAUUUAAACAUUAAAAUCAAUACGGAAAGAAGUAAAUAUGGAUUUUGUUGUAUUAACUUUGCUGAGCUCAGAGGUGAAUGUUGUAUAGAUGAAGAUUUUUUAAUUAAUAAAAAACAUUUAAACUU